AUGACUGAGAUAGAUAACUUGUUUUGCGUGGGGUUGGAGAAAAGAAAGAGGGUGUCCUUCUGUUCCGUAGUUUGGAGCGAGUUGGAGAAAGACUCGCUCAACUAUGAGCUGAGGCUGGACUGCCUGGACAUCCCCUACAAGAGGGCGAUGAGGGAUGGAGGGAUUUUCGCCAUUCGACGCGCUGUAACGUCCGAGCGCGAGAAGGACGCGCGCAAGAGAGUCUUGGGUUUCUUGGACCUUCGGAUAUUCUAUGCACGAGAUUGGGUGCCAAGUGAUUUGGGCGUGGGGUUUGAAGGACUGGGAUGCGGUAUGGUGCUGGAGUUACGUGCCUCGGGAGAGUCCUUUGUGUGGACUAAGGUUCUGGCACCCCAGGUGAAAGAACUGAACGCGGAAGUGGACCCGAAGCUAGGUCGUUUGCGACGUCAAGCACCGGAGGACUGGGAAAGGGCGAAAACAAAGAAAGGAAAUGGGCAGGAGCGGAACCGUUCCGGUAUUCCUUGGGACGUGGAGGCAGAUCUCGCCAUGAUUAUCACUGCCGUUAGGGCCGCCACUGACAUGUGUUGGAUCACAAGGGCGACCUGA